GGUUCAGCCGCGCACAACGAACAGUCUGUUCAUAAGUUCUGCUCCCUCUUUCGUGUGAGAGCGAUCCCUUCGUAACCCAACCAAAACUAUUUACCCUUAUCCUUUAUUUGACAUUGAUUCCUGACAUCAUGCGCGUCAUGCGAUUAGCCUUGGUGCUGGUACUCGUGGCCACGGCAGCCCAGGCACAAGGAAACCGAAGACGACAGGCACCAACUCGUAAGCGCCCCCAAGCUCGACCCGCGACCCGCGCUGAUAAGACAUGUUCCGGAGACGUCAGCUUUGAGCUCAUUACGGGCUUCGUUUACUCUUCCGCCGACGAUAUCAUCGACUCAAAGAUCGGCACUCUGCUUCUGAGCGAGUGCAUGGAACACUGCCGUGCCAACGAACAGUGUCAGGCACUUAACUUCGAGACCGGACUCUGCGUUCUCUUCAAAACGGCUGCCGGCGAAAACUCAGCUGGACUGGCGGUUUCGCAGUUCCCCGUGUUUACUCUCUACGCCCAGAAGUUGUGUCUGCCCAAGGAGCGACCCCUGUGCAAAUCUCCGUGGGUUUAUGAAACUGUGCCCGGCCUAGCCGUCGCUCAGUCUUUCACAGCUGACUCUCGCUCCGCUACAUCACGAGCCGAGUGCGCGCUCAUGUGCAUACUCGAAGACAAGUUCCAAUGCAGAGCCGGGUCCUACAACGCCGUCUCCGGCACCUGCACUCUGGCCCAAGUCGACCGCAACAUGGCCGGCCGCAGUCGCCUUUUGGACGUCGACGAGAAAUCCGAUUACCUGGAAGUGUCCUGCGUGCCCAAGCCGCAGAAGAUGUGCGACUUCCAAAGCAUCAAAGGCCGCAUCCUCAAGACAGUGGAUGCCGUAUUCCAAGACGUAGAAUCAACUGAGGAAUGUCAAGCGAGAUGCAAAGAGGCUGACUUCACUUGCUACUCGUACGACUUCAUGUCUGCCAGCGAGAAGAUCUGCCGUCUCUCUCAUCAUUCCGGUGCCACUCUGGCGCACAUUCAGGAGCCUUACCUUGAGAUCGGCAACGCAACCACGUACGAGAUGCAGUCCUGCUAUCAGGUCACGGUGGAGUGCCGUGGCGCCGAGAUGUUGGCCAGGAUCUCCACUUCGACCUUGUUCCACGGAAAGGUAUACGCGAAGGACCGACCCAACAGCUGCGUUAUGGAUGUCAAGAAUUCUACCGAAUUCGAGAUUGUUCUUCCUUACAAUGACGUCAACUGUGAUGUAGUACAAGAGGGACCCGGUGCCUUCUCUACUAAUAUUGUUAUUCAGCAUCACGACAUGAUCGUCACUUCCGCAGACGUCGGCCUCGCACUUCACUGCAAGUAUGACCUCAAGAACCAAACUGUGACGAACUCGCUCAUCUCCGGCUUAGAGGUCAAGGGAGGUCUUGAUACCGCCGAGUACUUCGAGGAGACAAUCGUUGAGUCCCCCAAUGUUGUUAUGAGAGUCACCACCCCGAGAGGAGACGACAUUUUCUCAGCUCAAGUUGGAGACAGCAUGGCUCUUCGAUUCGAGAUCACCGACGAGCAGAGUCCGUACGAGAUUUUCGUUAGGGAUUUGAUUGCCAUGGAUGGCCAGGACAGCUCGGAAAUCCUUCUUAUCGAUGAAAGAGGCUGCCCCACCGACCCUACAAUCAUGUCCUCAGUCGUGCAGAUGGGUAGCGGUUCUGUCCUCCACGCACCCUUCCAAGCCUUCAAAUUUCCCGCAUCAGACAUUGUCCAGUUUCGGGCUUUGGUGACUCCGUGCCUUCCUCGUUGCGAACCUGUGCAGUGCAGUGUGCAAGGUUUCGAUGGAGUGUCCCGCAAGGAGCUGUCGCAUGGAAGGAAGAAGAGAGAGGUUCAUGAAACCGAUAUUAUGGUAGUCCAAUCCGUCCGUAUCAAAGACAAGUUCCAAUUCUCGGGGAUACGACGGGAAGAAGUUGAGGUAGACCUCGCCCAAGAAACGUGCUCCUCCUUCACCGGUGUGAUAGUCGCUUGUGCUCUCUUCCUUGCGGCCCAAGUGGUACUCCUAAUGGCGUGGAGCUACUUGUGGCACAAGAAAAGAGCCACCAAACAAAUCGACCCCAACCCACCGCCUUCGUUGUACUUCGGCACGACUUCCUCUCGCACCUCCUCUACUUCGUAUCUCACUGAUUAAGCAUCGAAGUGACACCAGUUUUCAGUUAACAAUUUUCUCUAGUACAUACACACACAAACAGACACAUACACACACACAAGGGAGGAUUUGAAACGAAACCUCCUAAGGCCAUUGCCUUUUGGAAAAUUUUGUGUUUUUUUUCUAAAUGUUAGACAAAAGAUAACAUAUAAUGACAAUCGAUCACAGUGUGUGUACGAGUUUCUUUUUAGCUUUAUGAAGGGCAUAUUUUAAAUUUAAAAAAAUCAGCCUAUUCUAAAUAGGCAGUUUAAGAUAGAUGUUAAACUUUUAAGUUAAUUUAAUAUUUCUGUUCUAUGAUCGAGAUAUUACAUAAUCUGUAUGAGAUGUAUUCUGAAAUUGCUACAGUGUGAAAAUAUAAACUGUAAUAUGUCACAGUCAAUGACUUAGAGCAUUUGCCAUCUGUGUAAAUAACAUUCCACCUAUUCUGAGUGAUUUCUUGAUUCUGUACUCAAAUUAUUUGCUUAGUGUUUUUACUCAUAAAACAGUGGUAUGCUAUACUAUUAACAUAUAUUGGCGUAGAGACCACUUGAAUAAAUGUUUUCAAAAUAUGUUUUAAAGCGGUUGUGACUAACGAGCGUUUUCAUGGACGAUGUGAAAGGAGAUUGCGACAAGCUUCUACGAAUACCAUCCGAACUCGGUUAUGCGAUUUCCAAACAUUGCUAAAUAGACAGUGUUUGAAAAGCCUUCCAAAUGUAGAUUUGUUAAUUGUUGGUUUUAUAUUAUCAUACAUUAAUCUAAGAGAGCUGCACUCCCAAACGGUGAGGCCAAACCUGUUCUGCUUAAUAAAAGUACGAAUUAAUCCCGUAGGAACGUUUGGCCGAAAGAAACUUUUUCUUUUUUAUCUAUGUGCCAGGUCGGUUUUCAGCAAAUAUAUCUAUCCAGUGACAUUUGGCAUCUCAAGAGAGAUCGAGUGCCAAAUCUCACUCUUAAUUCAGCGGAUUCUCUUGUAAAAUUUCUACCUCCAAGAUUUAUCAUAACGUACGUAAGCAAUAAAUAUAUGAAUUACCUAUACUUAAUUAGUAACCGGUUCAUUUGGACUUUCCAAAGCUAAGGAACUCCGUGACUGAUCCAGUAUUUCUCCACCAAAAUAGGAACCCUCAGCAAAUCGACAAUUAUUUUCUUUAUAUUCAUUAUAUUGUUAUAGCAAAAAAACAGUUCACUCAUAAAUACAUUCAUAAUCUGCGGACCAAUAAUACAAGCUUAGAAAAUAUCAAAACUUCUAAAAUAAUCACCACAUACUUCUCUGCGUUUCUCCUAAAUUUGAUGAGUGAUACAAUUGAAAUAAAAUCAUGUAUGACACUAAGCAGCAAUCGUUCCUUUUAAGCUGGGUUCGCUGAUCAAAAAUAACAUCAAUUUGCUUACUGAUCUCCAUUUUCUCUUUGUUAAACAAACCUUUCCUUUCAUAAUUUUGAUAAAAAUGAAAGUGCCAAUAGUAUUCAAACACACACACGCACACACAUACGUUUAUGUGUAUGUGUGUGCGUGCGUGCAUGUGUGUGUGUGUGUGCGUGUGCGCGUGUGCAUGCGUGCGUGCUUGUGUGUGUGUGUGUGUGUGUGUGUGUGUGUGUAUAUAUAUAUGUAUAUAUAUAUAUAUAUAUAUAUAUAUAUAUAUAUAUAUAUAUAUAUAUAUAUAUAUAUACAUAUAUAUAUAUAAAUACAUUUAUUUAUUUAAUUAUUUAUUUAUGUCUCUCAGGUCUAUUUUUUUCGAAAAGCAAUUCUACCGUAAAGCCAUGUUUGUAACGCGUGCCAUCGUCACGGGCUUGUCUUUACCAACAGUUUCAUGUCUUUAUAAUUCAAUUUGUUGCUGAAACAAAAAUUACUAGGCUUAUGAAAUCAGUUUCACAGAAGUGUUUUUUAAUCAAUAUCAGGUGUCUUGUAUAUCUUCAAUGGGCAUUUUUAAGUAUUAGACAUUAUAUUUAUUUCUAAAAUUUAAAAUUCACUGUAGAGUGAAUGAUAACUUGUCUCCUAAGAACGAAAAUGUAUGUAAGAGAAAGGGAGGAAAAUAUUGUAUUUACUUAAAUAUAUUUUAAUUCUGA